GUUCCAUCGGACAUUCGGUGACUUGAAGUCAUCCGGUAAAUCAUGAUGCUCUUAUGAUGUGCCUUCGUAAACAUGAGAAGUGUGUUAAUGUUCUCUUACGCGUUUAAAUAAACUGUGAUACGAAAGUGUGUCCAAUGUUAAAACAUGUUUUAUUUAUUACAUGUAUAUUAGAAGUAAAGUUAAUAUAUAAUAUGUAAUCGAAAGUAUACUUGAUGCAUUACGAUGCAAUUACAAUAUUAAUGUUAAGUGCACUUAUUCAUUUUUUUGUUAAAAACAAUAAAACAUUAAUCGCACGUUCUUGUUACACGUGCUCAUCGACAUGUCUAUGAAGAAAGAAUCACCUUGGGAUGUGGAAUUACAUCUGGCAGCGGCACGUGGAGAUGCAAAACGUCUUCGAGUUCUUUUAGAUUCUGGUCGUGUUCAUGUAGAUUGCAAAGAUAAGGAUGGCACGACGCCUUUAAUAUUAGCCGCUGCUGGAGGCCAUAUCGAAGCGGUCACCGAAUUGCUACAACAAGGGGCGGAUCCUAAUGCCAGACGGCUGACAGGUACUACAGCAUUAUUUUUCGCCGCUCAAGGUGGUUAUAUGGAUAUCGCCAGUCUUCUAUUAGAACAAGGUGCUAUCGUCGAUUCUUGUAGCAUAGAUGGCGGUACCCCACUUUUCGUCGCGUGCCAGUGCGGUCACCUAGAUGUUGUAGAAGGUUUGAUUGAAAGAGGCGCCAAUCCGAAUGCUUACAUGAAGGAUGGUGCCACAGCGUUAUUUAUUGCUGCUCAAAAUGGUCACGUGCGUAUCUUAGAAGUUCUUUUGGAGCACGGAGCAAAAACGGAUGCAGCAAGAACCGAUGGUGCCACGCCUUUAUGGAUAGGAGCGCAAAUGGGACACGAUCAUGUCGUGAGGAGGCUUUUGAAAGCUGGUGCGAAGGUCGAUGCCACCAGACAUGAUGGCGCGACUCCAUUAUUUAAGGCGGCUCAUAAGGGCCAUGCCGCUGUUGUAGGUGAGCUACUCAAGUACCGUCCAUCUCUUGGUAUUCUUCCAAAUGGUGAAAGUGCAUUGCAUGCGGCAGCAUUAACGGGACAAAUGACUGUUACAAGACAACUAGUAGGUGCAGGAGCAGAUCCUUUACUCGUAAAUCAAGAAGGUAUCACGCCUCUUCAAUUAGCUAUUAGACAUUCACAAACACAAGUGGCCAAUUAUUUAAAAGAUAAAAUUAGAACGCGCACAGGAACAUCUUAGCAAAAUACAUGUUUAUCUAUUCUAAUAAAAAUUAAAAUGAAAAAAUAAAAAAAAAA